GUUACCUGUUUCCUCACGAAAUGUGUACCUGCGCUCUAAUGAGCCACUGAAAUUCGUUUUGUAGUGCGACGGCUGAGCAGUUUGGAAUAUUUACCUGCCACAAACAUCACCUCCCACCUGGACAAAGACACCUAGCUGUGUCUUAAUCUACCGGGCCGAGUGAAUUUCCGAGCAAGACUUGCUGAAUUCAGAGUAGCGGAAGACGGCGGAAGGUGUAAGCAGAAGCGGGUGAAUGUAGUGGGAAACUCCACGGAAACCUGUACAGGUACAGAAAGUUUGAGUCAAGAGGUGUGCGUAUAGAGCGAAGAACUCGGCUUUGCUUUUCCAAACUAGGGAAAAGGCAAUUGAAAACCCCAUCUGAGAAGGACUUUACACUUGUUUUGUAUUGUGGAGCAGUUUUUCCAAAAGUAGGUCGGUGUUUAAAAGCCUGCCGUUUAAUUUCGAGAGAUAGCGGGGAAGGACCUCGGGAAUAGACCAUGCCACGAGCUUUCCUAGUGAAGAAAACGGGAAAUUCACCCGGCAAGAGAAACUGGAGCGAUCUACCUGAUCAUGAACGCGGUGACAUUUAUAUUCCAGUCUCCAUGUCUCCCAUUGCUCUUCGAGAGGAGACCGAAGCCAGUCCGGCAGAGGUGGCGCUGUGCCUGUCCACUCGCAAGGACCGCAGCAUGUACACAUACAACCAGAUGUACACCAAUGACCCUGAUGCAGUGGUUCCUGCGGCUGAGCUCCCAUCAUGCACUGCUCUGGGCCAGAGUCCAGAGACCGAGCACAUCCGAAGCACACACAACAAUACGUACGUGCGCACUAAAAUAAAGGUUACCACAGGUGAGCUUCCCAAAGAGGUUCCACCUAUUGUUCCUAACCUAACUACAAGUCCACCUGCUUCUAUAGCGCCACCUUGCUCCCCUCCUGUCGCUAAGUCGCCUUCAGUGCAGUCAAGUGGUGGUACUUAUGUUUGCCAGGUGUGUCAAAAGGUUUUCCAGUUCCAGCGCAUGCUAAACAGACACUUGAAAUGUCACAGCGAGCAGAAGAGACACCUGUGCGACUUCUGCGGAAAGGGCUUUAACGACACCUUCGAUCUCAAGAGGCACGUUCGCACACACACAGGUGUUCGUCCGUACAAGUGCAAUCUGUGUGAGAAGGCUUUCACUCAGCGCUGCUCUCUGGAGUCCCACAUGAAGAAGAUUCAUGGUGUCCUGCAGCAGUACGCUUACAAGGAGCGCCGCAGCAAGCUGUACGUCUGUGAAGAGUGUGGCCAUACAGCUUCUACCCAGGAUGCAUUGGUGCGCCACCUCCACACUGAACAUCCAAACAGUGUCCUCCUGCGGGCCAAGGGGGCACGAAGACAGUCACCAAUGAUGAACGCUACCAGAGAUGACACCUCCCAACCUGGUUCCCCUCUCUCUCAUAAUAGCGAUGACACUGUAGAGUCAGGUGGGAGGUAGAGAAAGGGAUGUUUCCUAAAAAAAAAAAAAAAAAAAUAUAUAUAUAUAUAUAUAUAUAUAUAUAUAUAUAUAUAUAUAUAUAUAUAUAUUAUAUAUAUAUAAAGGGAUGUGAUUAAUGUGCAUUCUGAUGAUUUAUUUUUUCAUUCAGAAAACAGACAUGAGGGAAGAGGAAUUUAAAAAGGGAAAGUGAAGUCAUGCAAAAUGCUGUUUUAAUGGCAGUACGCUGAGAUUCAGUUUACACUUUUGCUGCAGAAUCAGGCUGUACUUUUCCCUGUGAAACACACAAAAGCAGAUGUCUAGAUAACGUCUACAGCAUAAGUAUGCACUACUUCAGUUUACAUAAUAAUAUUAUUAUUAUUAAAAUAGAUGAGAUGAAACACAACUCAGGAAAAAUACACAGAUCAAUGUGACAUUAAAUUGUUCCAUUUUUACUGUGUGGGACAAUGAUUUUAUGUAGCAAUGUUUCAACACUAAAAUGAACUCUGCAGUGGCUGUCCCUGAAUGUUUUAAAAAGGGAUUUUGAAAGGAAAUUAAUUGUGUGUUGUUGAUUUACUACUGUAUGUAAUAUAUACUUGCAUAAAUUUAUCAUAAAAGAUUUAUAUUUAUCCUGGUGUAGUUUUUAUAUUUUCCUGGGUAUGUUUUUUGCUUGAUUUUAUACAUUUUCUUUCACAUGUAACAACCUUUAAUACUUGUAAUACUGUGUUUUUUUGGGGGGGUUGCAUUAUUAUUUUUUGUACUUUUUAUAUUCAAAGGCAUCAUAUAUAUGUAAUAACAUUUUAAUUUCUUGUCACUGUUAGAUAAAUUAAGUAGGCUCUGUGGCAAUCUAUAACAACACACCUACACAAUAAAUGUGUUUUUGUUGAUGG